UUACCCCUGCGUAUUUUAGUUCCUUGUGGUGCCACCAAGAAAGCUAGAAAGUAAAAUAUAUUUCUAAUUGGUCAGGUUUACAAAAAUGGAUGAAGAACUAGGGGGAUUUACUAUGGACGAAUUAACCCUUCCACCUGUAAAAUAUGAAUAUUUGGAUCACACUGCAGAUGUUCAGUUACAUGCGUGGGGAGACAGCCUUAAGGAAGCUUUUGAGCAAUGCGGCAUGGCGAUGUUUGGUUACAUGACGGAAUUGAAUUAUGUACAAAUCCGGGAAGUUCAUAGUAUAGAAGCUAACGCAGACGACAUGAUGGGCUUACUGUAUCACUUUCUUGACGAAUUGCUUUAUCUUUUCUCUGUUGAACCAUUUUUAAUAUGCAAAAAAAUUGUUAUAACCGAGUUUAACACAGAAGAGUUUAGGAUAGUAUGCCAGUGUUAUGGAGAAGAGUUCGAAAUAGGCAAACAUCCACAAGGAACUGAGGUAAAAGCAAUCACUUAUUCCGCCAUGCAAAUCAUAGAUGAACCUAAGGAUAAUAAGUUUGAAGUGUUUGUGAUAAUAGAUAUAUAAAUCAAUAUUUAUUAACUGUAUGAUGAAAAUAUAAAUUAAUAUAUUU